GUGGCGGCCUUAGCGGAGGAGUCCGCGGUGGCGGCGGCGGCGGCGGCGGCGGCGGCGCUGUUCCCCGCGCGGUCCGCGCAGCGGGCUCCGGGCUGCGCGUCUCGGGCGGCGGCACUGCGGCCCCGGCCCGAGCCCGACCCCGGGUCCCCUCACCGGCCGCCCCCCGCCCACGGGCCGCCCCCCGGGCCCCGCGUCCCCUCCCCCGCUGGCGGGGCCCGGACAGAAGAUGGUGCAGAAGAAAACAGCCGAACUUCAGGGCUUCCACCGUUCCUUCAAGGGGCAGAAUCCUUUCGAACUGGCCUUCUCCCUAGACCAGGCCCACCACGGGGAGCCUGACUUCGUCCUGGAGUGCCCGGCCCGCCCUGAUAUGCCUGCAAGCCAGCCCAUCGACAUCCCCGAUGCCAAGAAAAGGAGCAAGAAGAAGAAGAGAUGCCGGGCCACCGACAGCUUUUCGGGCAGGUUCGAAGACGUCUACCAGCUACAGGAGGACGUGCUUGGGGAGGGUGCCCAUGCCCGUGUGCAGACCUGCGUCAACCUCAUCACCAGCCAGGAGUAUGCCGUCAAGAUCAUUGAGAAGCAGCCGGGCCACAUUCGGAGUAGGGUUUUCCGGGAGGUGGAGAUGUUGUAUCAGUGCCAGGGACACAGGAACGUUCUAGAGCUGAUUGAGUUCUUUGAGGAAGACGACCGUUUCUACCUGGUGUUUGAGAAGAUGCGGGGCGGCUCCAUCCUGAGCCACAUACACAAGCGGCGGCACUUUAACGAACUGGAGGCCAGCGUGGUGGUGCAGGAUGUGGCCAGCGCCCUGGACUUCCUGCACAACAAAGGCAUCGCCCACAGGGACCUAAAGCCGGAAAACAUCCUCUGUGAGCACCCCAACCAGGUGUCCCCCGUGAAGAUCUGUGACUUUGAUCUGGGCAGUGGCAUCAAACUCAACGGGGACUGCUCCCCCAUCUCCACCCCGGAGCUGCUCACCCCGUGCGGCUCCGCCGAGUACAUGGCCCCGGAGGUGGUGGAGGCCUUCAGCGAGGAGGCAAGCAUCUAUGACAAGCGCUGCGAUCUCUGGAGCCUGGGCGUCAUCCUUUACAUCCUGCUCAGCGGCUACCCGCCCUUCGUGGGCCACUGCGGCAGCGACUGCGGCUGGGACCGCGGCGAGGCCUGCCCGGCCUGCCAGAACAUGCUGUUUGAGAGCAUCCAGGAGGGCAAGUACGAGUUUCCGGAGAAGGACUGGGCCCACAUUUCCUUUGCUGCCAAAGACCUCAUCUCCAAGCUCCUCGUCCGUGACGCCAAGCAGAGGCUGAGUGCUGCCCAAGUCCUGCAGCACCCCUGGGUGCAGGGGUGCGCCCCGGAGAACACCCUGCCCACGCCCAUGGUCCUGCAGAGGAACAGCUGCGCCAAAGACCUCACGUCGUUCGCGGCCGAGGCCAUUGCCAUGAACCGGCAGCUGGCCCAGCGCGAGGAGGACGCGGCCGAGGAGGCGGGGCAGGAGCAGCCCGUGGUCAUCCGAGCUACCUCACGCUGCUUGCAGCUGUCCCCGCCCUCCCAGUCCAAGUUGGCCCAGCGGCGGCAGCGAGCCAGCCUGUCCGCGGCCCCCGUGGUCCUGGUGGGAGACCACGCGUGAUCCUCUCCUUCCCUUUGUACAUAGGCCGCCCCUCACCCCGUCAAGUCUAAAGAUUUUUUUAAGCUAUUGCUCGCGGGUGACCAGCGGGCUGCCCUCCCCCGGCUGGAUUCCGAGGCGCUAAGCUCAGCUCGGGGGUCUUUUUAUAUAAGGUUUUUGCUGUUGGGUUUUUUUUCCUGUUCCCCUCCUUUUGUUUUGUUUUUUUUCCCUUUCAAUGGUGUUAAACGCAGAGCAGGCGCUCGGGGAGGAGAGCGGAGGGCCUGUGGCUGGGUGGGGCCCUCCCGCCGCCCCGGCCCGGGAUGCGCCGGGUACUGUGAAGGCCGCUCCCCGCCGCCCGCGUGACUCAGGAGAGGAGGGCGUGGCGUCUCCCCGAGCCGGCGGGACCUCGCCGCCCCCCUCCCCGGCCCUCACAGUGUUUUCAGGGACGGGUCGACCCCCACCCACCUUCCCUCGACGAGACGGUAGCUCCUUCCCUCCCCUCAGACACCCGGGCGGGCCGGGGGCUUCUCACGUCUCCCCUGUCAAAGGGCGGGGCCUGGGGGCAGGCGGGGUGGCGCCGCCCGCUGGAGCCCCCGCCGACUGACAAUCGGGGCUCCCUCGAACCUUGACCUUAAGCUGCGGCUGCCCGGGGCCCCUCCCCUGGCCUCUCCACUGGGGAGUGCCCACCCGCGAAUGGGGGCGCCAGAGGAAGCGCGAGGAGCCGGACAGGCCCCCGUCAGCCGAAGUGGGGGUCCCGCGGACCCCCGACCCGGGCACCCGAGUGCCCCUUCUCAGGGCUCAGUCUGACCACGGCCACGUCCUGCCCGGCCGCCCCUCGGGUCUGGCGUGGAAGCUCUCUCAGCCCCGUCCCCGGGGUCUCGCGGGACCCCCCCAGGGCGGCGUCUCUGUUCCGCCCACCUUCAGGAAAAGGCCGCAGCUGCCGCGCCCCUUCCGCCCGCGCCUGAGUCAGACGUCGCGUGACCCGCCGGGCUGGGGAGACUCUGACGCCCUUCGUCCUCGGGUGGGAGACUCUAUGCAAUUCACAGGCUUCCUUUUCCACGUGCACACGGGCUUCUGCCGGGGUUGGGGGCGCGGGCAGCUGCCCAGACCGCCCUCCGGCUCCUAGCUGUUCGUCCUGUCUCGU